GACACGUUGUGUUUUUCGUCCACGUGUGCACGUGCAAGCGACGAGGUGACCCGACUCGUCUAAAUAGAAAUGAUUAAGCAGAGCUCCUCUGUUUACAGGGACAGCAAUGGCGGCCACCACCCAAGUCGACAUGCCCGGAAAGCCCACUGAGACCGUCACCGCCGUUCUGGAUACGGCCACCGCCGCCAUCCAAAACUUCCACCCGAUCAACAAGAUCCACCAGCACCUUUGCGCGUUCCAUUUCUACGGGGACGACAUGACGCGACAGGUGGAGGCGCACCACUUCUGCUCGCACCAGAGCGAGGACCUGCGCCAGUGCCUCAUUUACGACGGCGACGGCCCCGACGCGAGGCUGAUCGGCGUGGAAUACCUGGUCUCGGAGGAGCUCUUCCUGGCGCUUCCGGAGGCGGAGAAGCCGCUGUGGCACUCGCACGAGUACGAGGUGAGGAGCGGCGUGCUGUUCAUGCCGCGCGUGCCCGGCCCCAUCGAGCGCCGCGCCCUGGAGCAGGUCUGUAGGACCUACGGCAAGACGUUCCACUUCUGGCAGGUCGACCGCGGCGACCGGCUCCCCCUAGGCCCGCCGCAGCUCAUGAUGGCGCUCACGCGCGACGGCCAGCUCCGCGAAGACCUCGCCAAAGAUGUGGAGUCGAGGUACGGGGUGUCGUUCGAGAAGGAGAGGGAGAAGAGGGAGUAUAUGGAGGGUCAGGCGAAGGGGAUUCACCCGCUGGCGAACGGAGCAGGGAAGGGGCUGAGAUUGGUACUCACAGAGGUGGAUCUGCCCCCUGUUUCUUCUGUGCCAAGGGCCUUCGUAUAAUAAAUGUACGCGUACUCGCGUAGUGCAAGGCUGUCAGCGCAUACGGGAUAGAGAAAGAAUAAAUCAUUUACAGUUUGAUAUCUGUUUUGGAUGUAUGAUAAGAAAAAAAGAUCAGUACUUCACUUAUUUCAAGUGGUAAUAGGUAGUUU